AACUGCAAGGUAAUAUUUGUUAGGCAAAAAAGUUUAUUUAGGGUAAGAUUUAUUUGGUUUAGAUUUUAUUUGAGACAAAGUAAUUAUUUAGGACUUAAAUGAGGUAUGGUUUAUACUGAGUAAAGUUCACGCUAUGGUAUGUGUGGAGUAACGUUCAGGGCGCUUGGGACGCAAACGUCAGCAAUUGAAUCCAGGCCACGUUCAUCAAUCAAUAAAAAUUUAUGUCGAGCGCUUUAUCUUCAUCACUACCAAAGAACGGUAUGUUUAAAUUACACUGAUCUAAUGUUAAGCGUUGCAGAAGGAAUACGACUGGGAAUUGACGAAUGUCAAGUUCAAUUUAAGCACCGUAAAUGGAAUUGUACGAUAAACGAACAUGGAACAUCCGUUUUUGGCCCAAUUAUUACAACAGCCAGCAGAGAAAGUGCAUUUAUUAGUGGAAUUAUAUCUGCGGGAGUUGCGUUUUCAGUGACUGAGUCAUGUGCAGAAGGAAAAUCUGUCCACUGUCGUUGCGAUAAUAGUGUACGAGGUCAAACGGACGAAGGUUGGCGCUGGGGAGGUUGUAACAGGCCAAUCACAUAUGGUAUAUGGUUUUCGCAGUUAUUUAUUGAUCAAGUAGAAAAAAUUGUAAAAAAAAGAAAAGAUCCACGAAAAAUAAUGAAUCUUCAUAACAACAAGGCUGGACGAGAGGUAAUAAAAAACCUUUUACAGACUGAAUGUAAAUGCCACGGAACAUCAGGAAACUGCAACUUAAAAACAUGCUGGCGUUCACAGCCCCAUUUCAGUGAGAUUGGAAAAAUACUUAAAGAAAAGUACGAUUCAGCUCAUGAAAUGGAGUUUCUAUACAAAGUUAAAGCUAACGGUGAAAGAAAAAUAAAAGACCUUAUUCCAAAAUAUAAAGAAUAUCUUCCCCCCUCUUCACUGGACUUUAUUUACUAUGAGGAAUCUCCAAACUACUGCGUAAAAAACGAAACGUUGGGAAUAGCAGGAACCAAAGGUCGUUCAUGUAACAUAACUUCUUCCGGAGUUGACGGUUGCGAACUUAUGUGUUGCCAAAGAGGCUAUAACGUUAAUAUUGUACAAAAAACACAUUCUUGUGAAUGUAAAUUUGUAUGGUGUUGCAAGGUUUCAUGUAAUAGCUGCAUUAAAAUGACGCCUGAAUACACCUGUAAAUAGUCUCAAAAAAAUAAAAUUUUAAUUCAAAUUGAAAAAAGUAAUUUCAUGAUGUUAACACAAUUUUAAAGUGUAAACUCUUUUUUUUUUAAGCGUAUGUUUAUUUAUUUCGGUUGUAAAAAUAAUUUCAUAAAAACGUAUAUUUAUUUAAGUAUUGUAUAAAAUGCAUGAAUACUUGUAAAAAAAUACUUUAACUCAA